AUGCUGAGAGCAGCACUCAGACACCCAGGAACACUGACCCCAUGGUAGGUCCAGUGCCUUUAAAGAGGCAGGACACCGGCGAGAUGUUUGCUCUCUGCCCGGCAAACGCCCCAUUCCGGCAGGGCCGGGGGGGCCCAGCGCUGGGCACGGCCCUCCCAGGGGCGGGACAUGGGCCGGACUCCAACUCCAACUUCGUGGGAGAGGUGUGUGACAGCAACGAGAACUGGAGCCAGCCAGCGCCGGGGUCCCUGCCGGAGGAAGGCUCCAGCCGGAGCGAAAACACCACAAAUCCCUCUGAUAAUCUGCUGUUAUUAAUGCAGAGACAGAUGGUCCAGGGCCGGCUUAGGGACACCCCCCCGGGCCUGGGUGACACCCACCCCGAGCAGGGGGUGCGCAGCCCCCCCGAGGGAGCCGAGGUCAGCGGGGCAGGGGGACAAAACGCUGCCGAGGAGGCGGCCGGGGGGUGCGUGAAGCCCCCCGGCUCCCCUGCGGAGGACAACGGCUACGCCAGCAGCUCCCUCAGCAUCGAUAGCCCCGACAGCACCUGCAGCACCACCUGGGACCCUCCUGCCUCUGCCCCCCGAGCCGAGAGCCCCCCUGAGGCAGGGCUGGCUGAGCCUGAGCUGGGCACCCUCUUCCCGGCGCUGGCGGAGGCCGUGCAGCACCUGCAGGACAAGGAGCGCUUCAAGGAGCAGGAGAAGGAGAAGCACCACAUCCAGCUGGUGAUGUACCGGCGCCUGGCCCUGCUGCGCUGGAUCCACGGCCUGCAGCAGAAGGUUGUGGACCAGCAGAACCGGCUGCAGGAGAGUUUCGACACCAUCCUGGAUAACCGCAAGGAGCUCAUCCGCUGCAUGCAGCAGGGCCCAGCCUGCGUCGCUGCUGCUGCUGCUGCCCCUGGCCCCUGAGGUGCCACCAGCGCAGCCCAGCCCAGCCCUCACCCUCUGGAUGGUGUGGUGUUGGCAUCUCCAUCCUGUGCCAAGCGCUCACCGGAGCCCUGGGUGCCCACCCUGCCCUUCCCAUCUGUCUCCAACGCAGCCAAGAGUCCCUGAAGAGUUCA